AAUUUCAGCAAAGAAUACUCGCGAUUCACUUGUAGGUAAGACUUGAAUAGUAAAAUUUUAAUUUUGUGCAAAUAUGACGUUUAAUUCAGUAUUAACAGCGUUGAUUACUUUCCAAAUAUUUAAAACCGGCUUUAGUUCUUAUGAAUUCAGCAAACAAAUUUGUUCCCAAUAUAAACAGCCCUGUAAUAAAAGAAUCAACCCAUUAAUUGUUGGUGGAACAAACGUUGAUGCAAAAGAAUUCCCUCACAUGGCCCUCAUUGGUUUUGGAGAAGAAAAUGACAUACAAUACGAAUGUGGAGGCGCAUUAAUCAGCAGCAAUUUUGUACUCUCUGCUGCACACUGUGGUGACAGUCGUGAAUUUGGGCCAGCAACCAAAGUUAAAUUCGGUCUAAUCCAUCGUGAUGAGACGAGUGCUCACGUCCAAGUACGAAACAUAAUCGAGGUGUUCAUUCAUCCUGAGUAUAAACGACCUAUUAAGUACCAUGACAUCGCCUUGUUCAAAUUGGAUAAGAAUGUAGCGUUCAGUGAUUUUGUGAGGCCCGCAUGUUUGAACACCGAGAAAAAUCUCAAUGGAUUGGUGCCAAGUGCGAUUGGUUUCGGCAAAACUAAAUUUACUGAUGAGAAGGGGAAUCCAGAACUAAAAAAAGUUAAUCAACCGAUUUUAGAAAAUUCAGUUUGUCAACCGUUUUACUCUUCGAUGCGUGUGAGUACACUGAAUCAAGGUGGUUUGAUUGAUAAGCAAAUAUGCGCGGGCGUAUUAAGUGGUGGUCAGGAUACAUGCCAAGGUGAUUCCGGUGGGCCCUUACAGACUUAUCUGAGAGAACCACUGUGUAAUUACAAUAUUAUUGGUAUUACUUCGUUUGGGAAGUUUUGUGGAUAUGCUAAAUCUCCUGCAAUUUAUACAAAUGUUUAUCAUUAUGUGCCGUGGAUUGUUCAAACUGUUUGGAAAAGUAAUUACUUGUACCGCUUAGUCGUCCACCUCUCCGCCAUUGCUUCCGGUUGGGGAAAAACAGAAGACGCUGAUGGUAGCGAUGAUUUACUCAAAGUCACAUUGGAGUUCUUUAGCCAAAACGAAUGUUUUAAAUAUUUUCCUGCAAACAGGCGUAAAUACAGCGAGGGUAUCAUAGAAAAAUCACAGAUUUGUGCUGGAUCACGAUCUGAAUUGAAAGAUACAUGUCAGGGAGACUCUGGAGGUCCUCUUCAAAUAUUCAGCGAUGUACCAUGCAGUUAUUCAUUGGUAGGAAUCACAUCAUUCGGCAAGUUUUGCGGUAUUGUGAAGGUACCAGCAGUUUACACAAGAGUUUAUAAUUAUCUAGAGUGGAUUGAAAAAAAUGUUUGGCCGUAAAUUUAAAUAUCAACCAAACAAAAUGGAAUUUUAAUUUUAGUUAAUGGUAUUUUAAUUACCGACAGGUUUAGCGAUUAUUAUUAUAUGUGACACGUAAAACUAAUGUAAUUUUUUAUACUGUACAAUACAAUAGACAUAAAUUAUUUAAGCA